AAAAUACACUUGAUUGAUUGUCCCUUAAUCCCACUGAGUGAUUUUGGUCAUUAAAUGUCAGUUUUCUAGGUUUGCUAGCUUCUCAUGGUAGUUUACAAAGAAUCCUCUCUUUGUAUAUGCCUUCACCGGGUGGAUAAAGCUAAGUUGGCAUUUGUCCUGUCAAGUAGUCUUGGAAGCAAUCGUUGUCAUCAUAAAGGAAAACGUUAAUUUAACUUUCCUGCAUAUUGUUGUAACCUCUCCAAAUAUUUUGGAGAUCUUGAAUUGUGUUCACCUAUGAAAUCUGCCUGAAUUUAGCCCUUCUACAAUAGUUGCAACCUGCAUAGCUUACCUCUCUAAUCUUCUCUCACCGCAGGAACAAGAGUCUUAAGGGUGCUGGACUAAUUUGAAAGCUAGUACUCUUGCAAUGGCUUUGGCUAGGGUUGCUAGGAGCAGCUUGAGAAGAUCAGGAGGUAGCACUGGUUUUUACCCAAGGGAGAGGGAUAUCUUCUGUGAAGGAGUAUCCGUUGGGAGAUCUGCCCCAUCUUACUUUGAAAAUGUAAAAGCAAAUGGCAACUCAUUGUACUUUCCUGGGACCAGGAAGGUAGAUUACUCAAACUUUUGGAGCAGAGGAGUAACAUCAACCCCACAUUAUCAGUCCCCCUUGGCAGAGAGGGCUGUAGAAGGGACUGAAUCCGGACCUGAUGAACCAAGGUACACAGGACUGGAAGCGACCAAGCCAGGUGAGAAGCCUAGAGUGGUUGUCCUUGGCUCUGGAUGGGCAGCAUGCCGGUUCCUCAAAGGGCUUGACACCAGAAUUUACGAUGUUGUUUGUAUAUCACCAAGGAACCACAUGGUCUUCACCCCUUUGCUCGCUUCAACUUGUGUUGGUACCUUGGAAUUCAGGUCGGUAGCUGAGCCUGUUAGCCAGAUACAGUCUGCACUGGCAACAGAACCCAAUUCAUACUUUUAUCUGGCUUCGUGUACCAGCGUUGACACUAACAAACAUGAGGUAUACUGUGAGACUGUGAGCAAUGGUGUACUGCCUCGUGAACCUCACCGAUUCAAAGUUGCAUAUGACAAGCUUGUAAUUGCUGCUGGAGCCGAGCCAUCGACUUUUGGUAUCAAGGGCGUAAAGGAAAAUGCACAUUUCCUUCGUGAAGUGAAUCAUGCCCAGGAAAUAAGGAGAAAGCUCCUCUUGAACCUCAUGCUCUCUGUAAAUCCAGGGGUAUCAGAAGAAGAAAAGAAACGCCUUCUGCAUUGUGUCAUCAUUGGAGGCGGUCCUACUGGAGUGGAAUUUAGUGGUGAAUUGAGUGAUUUUAUAAUGAAAGAUGUCCAAGAGAGGUUUACUCAUGUUAAGGAUUACAUCAAAGUCACACUCAUAGAGGCAAAUGAGAUUUUGUCAUCUUUUGAUGUUGGACUAAGACAGUAUGCAACAAAUCACCUGACCGGGGCUGGUGUUCAACUCAUGCGAGGCAUUGUGAAAGAGGUUCAUCCCAAAGAGAUCAUUCUGACUGAUGGAACUGUGGUUCCAUAUGGCCUCCUAGUCUGGUCUACCGGGGUUGGUCCCUCUGAGUUUGUGAAAUCACUUAAUCUCCCCAAGUCCCCUGGUGGAAGGAUUGGAGUUGAUGAAUGGUUGCGGGUUCCUUCCGUUGAAGAUGUGUUUGCACUAGGAGAUUGUUGUGGUUUCCUUGAGCAGACAGGGAGGCCAGUCCUUCCAGCUCUAGCUCAGGUUGCUGAAAGGCAAGGAAAAUAUCUAGUGGAGCUGUUCAACAAGAUUGGAAAACAGGACGGAGGCAAAGCUUUCAGUGGAAAGAACAUUCCUUUUGGAGAGCCCUUCGUUUACAAGCAUCUCGGAAGCAUGGCAUCCGUUGGUGGGUACAAGGCACUGGUGGACCUUCGCCAAUCCAAGGAUGCAAAUGGAAUAUCACUGGCUGGAUUCCUCAGCUUUUUGAUAUGGCGGUCAGCCUAUCUGACACGUGUAGUGAGCUGGAGGAACAGAUUCUAUGUGGCGAUGAACUGGGCGACCACACUGGUAUUUGGCAGAGAUAACUCCAGGAUAGGUACAAGUUAGAGGUUGCAAAAGAUUUUGGGUAUCUCCACGAAUUAAGAACAAAUAUGGUUUGAUCUUUAGCUGGAAUCAAAUUGAAGCAAUAAAUCAGUGUUGUGAAUUGUGAUACCCAAUAUACAUAAAUUAUAAGACAAUGUUUGGUUGUAUGAAAAUCCAUAUGUUAUCUUCUGUAAAGAAGAAAAAAUAAAUGAAGAUCAUUUCUUGGAAUGAAAAUUAGUAAUCUCCAAAUGCACGAGGGGUUCUUGUGUUCAAUUUUAAACUAUAAUGUUUCUAAGUUCUAACAAAUCCUACAUCUUCAUAAUGAAAUUUGAAGGAAAAA